UGAACGAAAUCCAAAAUGUCGCCGAAGAAAACGCGAUAGAAGGCUGUGCAGAAAUUGGUGAAAAAAAUAUUUGUGUUUAUCGUGAUUUCUUGCAAUAAUCUGAAUAAAACUAACUGUAAACUGAAGUUGAGAAACAAUAAAUGUGUUUAAUAUCAUAAAUUUGACUGUAAAACUCACCAUGUCGGAGAAAGAUAAGACGAAAGCGAAUACCCAAACAAAACACAUUCCGAAAGACUCGCAAGUUAUUAUGUCCAUUAUGAAAGAGGUCGGCAUUACGGACUAUGAGCCUCGAGUAGUAAACCAGAUGUUGGAGUUCACAUAUCGCUACGUAGCUUCUAUUUUAGACGACGCCAGAGUGUUUGCGAACCACGCGAAGAAGAAGACUAUAGAUUUGGAGGAUGUUCGAUUGGCCGUUCAGAUGCAACUGGACAAGUCUUUCACCAGUCCGCCGCCGCGGGAAGUACUUCUAGAAAUAGCCAGGACGAAGAAUGUCAAUCCACUGCCUUUGAUAAAGCCUCAUUGUGGAUUGCGCUUGCCUCCUGAUCGCUACUGCCUAGCAGCUUGCAACUACCGUUUGAAGCCAGCCACAAAAAAAAUUGUGAAGACCACUAUAGCAUCCACUCCUACCAUCAAGACAGUCACUACUCCUAAACCGUCUGUGAGCCAACAGAAUGUUGUGGUCAAAAGACCACCUCAGGGACCCAUCCCGAAGCCUGGAACACCUAUGGCACCUAAACCUGUUCUUAAAUUCACUUCUGGUAGUAAGGUGGUGGCUAAGCCAGCAGUGCGUGUGACAGCAGGCCCCUCAUCACAGGUGAAGAUGGAAGUAGACGAACAGGGCGGGAUGAAACGCAAACGUGAAGAUGACGACUAUGAUAUGUAAUAAGUUCAAAUAUAGAAUAAGGUGAUAUAAUUAAUUGUUGUUCGAAUAUAAUAUGGAUUUUUUAUUA